AUGUGGCUGCUCAGGCUGAUCUGUGCUGUUCUGCUGGUGCCACGGAGCAGGACGUUUGAACUUCAGGACACGAUUCACAAACUAAUCGAGGAGAACAUCCAUCUUCACGAUCAGCUGGAGAACCUGACGCAAGCUCUGAAGCAGCUCAAGAGGAUGCUGCUCCACCACUCCAACGACCGGGGACAUCAUGACAACGAAAUGCCUCACAACAAAAACAUUCCGGAGGUUUGGGAGGAAUGGUCUCGUCACGGAAUCAGUGCAGAGACUCACAUGUUUUUGGAGCAGGCUUUCUGUGGCCACGACCUCCACGGCUCGGCGCCACACGCACAAGUCCACGUCCUCCUUUUCACGCUCACACUGCUGCUUUUGUUCAGCUUUGACCAACUGUAG